ACAUCCAGCCUGCGCAUGCUCGACGUCAUUCUAUAUAUAGCCCAACCUCUCGUAAAUUUCACGUCACUACGAGGAUGGCUGGAGCUCGGCGCGAUCUGACGAUCACCAGGUAUCUCUUGAUUCAAGAUACGAUCGAUGCAGACCACAUCGCCUCGGCGAAGAGGAUGUCGAUGGUGUUCGAUGGGACUCCGACUCGAUGGCUUCGCUUCGUCGGGAUCGUCAACAACAGACGUGGGUUUCUUCCGGAAGAGCGAUCCGAGAUUCGAUUGAACGUGAUUCGACGUCCAAAUGAGUUGCAAGGGCAUACAUUGUAUUUCCAUCGUGUCUCGAACAUGGAGCUUGUCUCUCGACUCACCGUUGGAGUACUCUUCAGACGAUCCGGAGCGCGAAUGGUGUUCCUUUGGCCUCGAAACACUUCCGCUCGACACCUUAAGCGCCUCGGCAUACCUUUCUGGUCCGUCCUGUUGACAUUGGCGCGACGAAUGGCGGAGCUCUACAACACGAGCGACCUAUGACUACGAUGGCAAGGACGAGUGUGGUGGAUGGCGAUCAACGAGGCGUUCAUCUGGUGGCAUACCCGACU